AUGGCACCAUUCCCUGGGUCUGAUGCCGACAAUAUCAAGGACAAGGCCCGUAAAGGCUUGCUGAAUCUUCUCGAAGGCGUCCGUGGGAAGAAGAACCUGGUGAUUAGCCAGGGGCUUGCUGGGCCCGUCGGGCUUUUUGUCAAGUUUUCGCAGCUUCAGGAGUAUGGCGUAGACCGGGUAUUCUUGCUUGAAAAUGGAAAUGUCGACUCUUCUCAGCGCAAUGUGGUAUUUCUAGCGUACGCCGAAAAGAUCCGCCAGGUGCGGGCAGUGGCAGAGCAGAUCCAAAGGCUUCAACGCAACAGCAGUAUAGACCAUGAAUUUUCCAUCUUUUGGGUUCCAAGACGGACCCUCGUAAGCAAUAACAUCCUAGAGAGCGCAGGCAUCAUUGGAGAUGUGAGCAUCGCUGAGCUGCCUCUUUACUUUUUUCCUCUAGAGCAGGACGUUCUUUCUUUGGAACUGGAUGACUCUUUUGCGGACUUGUACCUGCACAAGGAUCCUGGGUGCAUCUUCCAUUCCGCAAAGGCUCUUAUGGCUAUUCAACAGAGACAUGGCUAUUUUCCUCGGAUAGUAGGCAAAGGCGAUCAUGCUCGACGACUCGCUGACCUCCUGCUGCGGAUGAGGAAGGAGAUUGACGCAGAGGAAAGCUCAGGACUGACAGGACUGUCUUUCCGGGGACUUUUACCCAGCUCAAGCAUUGAGAGUUUGAUCAUCAUUGACCGAGAGGUGGACUUCGGCACCCCUCUGCUUACACAGCUAACGUAUGAGGGUCUCAUCGAUGAGUUGGUAGGAAUCAAGCACAACCAAGCGGACAUUGAUACGACAAUUGCAGGGGCCAGCUCAACUCCCCAGGCCCAGGAGUCUUCCAAAGCAUCUCAACAGGCUAAGCAAGGUCAAAAGCGGAAGAUUCAGUUGGAUUCGUCUGACCAACUGUUCAGUCAACUCCGUGACGCGAAUUUUGCUAUAGUCGGCGAUAUCCUGAAUAAGGUAGCACGUCGAUUAGAAACAGAUUAUGAGAGCCGUCAUACAGCAAAAACGACAACUGAACUUCGCGAGUUUGUGAAUAAACUACCAUCAUAUCAACUCGAACAUCAAAGCUUGAGAGUUCACACCAACCUCGCUGAGGAAAUCAUGAAAAACACGCGCUCAGACACUUUCCGCAAGAUCCUCGAAGUGCAACAGAACGACGCUGCAGGCGCCGACCCAACUUACCAACAUCCUCUCAUUGAGGAACUCAUCGCCCGGGAUAUUCCACUGAAGACAAUCCUCCGUUUGCUUUGUCUCGAAUCAUGCAUGUCCGGUGGCCUACGGCCUAAAGACCUCGAGAGUUUUAAACGCCAAGUCGUCCACGCAUACGGGCACCAACACCUGCUAACAUUCAGUGCUUUGGAGAAGAUGGAGCUUCUCCAGCCCCGGUCGUCUGCAACCACAAUGCUAAUUCCCGGCACGGGCACCCAAACGGGAUCGAAAACAAACUACGCCUACUUUCGCAAAAAUCUUCGCCUGGUCGUCGAAGAAGUUAGCGAGAAGGAACCUGAAGAUAUCGCUUAUGUCUACAGCGGUUUCGCCCCUCUCAGCAUUCGCCUUGUGCAGUGCGUCUUGCAGAAAUCAUACGUCAUGUCGCUUAUGAAAGGUGGCCCGGCUGCGCACGCGAAUACCGCAUCCCCAGGCUGGCUUGGAUAUGAAGAUGUGGUGAAGAGUGCGCGUGGAUCGACGUUCAGUAUUGUCCAAAAGGGCGACGAUAAAGCGGUUCGUGCGCGGCAGACACUGAGUGGUAACAAUGCGGCUAAGACCGUGUAUGUGUUCUUCCUCGGAGGGAUCACAUUUACGGAAAUCGCGGCAUUGCGGUUCAUUGCGGCACAGGAGGCGCCGAGGCGGAACAUUGUGAUUUGUACUACGGGAAUCAUUAAUGGAGAUCGGAUGAUGGAUGCUGCGCUUGAGAAGGGGGGGUUUGCCUUGACUGAGUCUUGA